AUGAAUAAGGCUGUUGUAAGAGGUACUCCAAGGUAUUCAUUGUGUUGUAGCCAGGGAAAGAUUCGCUUGCCACCUCCUUCAAUAUCUUCGAGUGGUAUUCAAAAUUUGUUUUUUGGACAAGGCGACAAGAGCAAGCAUUUUCUCCAACACAUAAGAUCUUACAAUAGCAUGUUCUCAUUUACAUCAAUGGGUGGCCGCGUAGAUAGGUCGGUUAAUACUGGGAGCGGCCCGCCCACGUUUAGAUUAAGCGGUCAAAACUACCAUCUCAUUGGUAGUCUACUACCGCAACAUGGUGAACGUCCACAUUUUUCACAGUUAUAUAUCUACGACACCGAAAAUGAGAUUAGCAAUCGCAUUCACGCUGUUCGGCCUGAUGGUGGUGAAAAUCACAUACACACGGAAAUAGUUGCAGAUAUACAACGUGAUUUAGAUAUAAAUAAUGUGCUGGUCAAGUCUUUUAGGAUGGCGAAACAUGAAUUAGAUAAUAACCCCCGUGUGGAAGUGAAGAUCAAAUUGUUAGGGAAGCGAAAUAAAGAUGCGAGAACAUACAAUUUACCAACAGUAUCAGAAGUUGCAGCUUUGAUAGUUGGGGACCUAGACCCAAGUGUGGGUGAGCGCGAUAUCUUGGUUGAAAGCCAUGGAGGAGGGUUGAAGAGAAUAAACGAACUAAACCCAUCAUACUUACCCUUACAAUACCCCUUAUUGUUCCCGUAUGGAGAGGAUGGGUACAGGGAUGAUAUCCCGUUUAAUAGUUCAAGAGGUAAUGGAAAUCGGUGUAGGCAAAGAAUUACCCCAAGAGAGUAUUUUGCAUUUCGUCUACACGAGCGUUUAAUGGAAACCUCAACCCUGCUUUAUUCUAGGAGGCUACUACAACAAUUUAUAGUGGAUGGCUAUACAAUGGUUGAGUGUGGGAGACUCAAGUAUAUAAGGACGCAUCAAAAGAGUUUAAGGUGUGAAACUUACAACUGCUUGACUGAUGCUUUGACCCAUGGUGAAGUUAACCCUGCUGCUCAAGGUCGUAGGGUCAUAUUACCUUCGAGCUUUACAGGUGUUGCACGUUACAUGAUUCAAAACUACCAGGAUGCAAUGGCUAUAUGCCGAUGGAUUGGGUACCCAAACCUCUUUAUUACAUUCACAUGCAAUCCCAAGUGGCCGGAGAUUGAACGGUACCUUAAUAGAAACAACUUAGCAGCACAAGACAGAGCAGAUAUCCUCAGCAGGGUUUUCAAGAUUAAGUUGGAUGACUUAUUAAAUGAUUGUAAAAAAUACAAGCUUUUCGGAAAUGUUCGAUCAGUUAUAUAUACAAUUGAGUUCCAAAAGAGAGGAUUGCCACAUGCCCACAUCCUACUUUUUCUUGACCAAGAAGCUACAGCCGGUGAACUUCAUGACUUGGAUGCUAUUAUCUCAGCCGAAAUUCCAAAUCCACAAUUGGACCCUGACUAUUACAAGGCCGUUGCUGAGUACAUGAUUCACGGUCCAUGUGGUGUUGCAAGGUCAAAUUCACCGUGUAUGGUAGCUAGAAAGUGUUCUAAGUUUUUCCCCAAGAAAUUUGUUGACAAGUCAAGCUUUGAUGAAGAGGGUUACCCAGUAUAUCGACGACGUGAUAAUGGGGCUACCGUAAAAAAGAGUGGAAUUGAGCUUGACAAUAGAUACGUGGUCCCGCAUAAUCGGUACCUUUUGUUAAAGUAUAGGGCUCAUAUUUAUGUUGAGUGGUGUAAUCAGUCACGCUCAAUAAAGUAUUUGUUCAAAUACGUUAACAAAGGUCAUGAUAGGGUGACUGCAGAAUUUUACAAGGCAAAUGUAGAUGACGAUGGCGUCAAAGUUGUGGAUGAGAUAAACAUGUAUUACGACUGUAGGUAUAUCUCCCCAUGUGAGGCUGCAUGGCGCAUCUUUGGAUUUGAGAUUCAGCAUAAAAAUCCUUCUGUAGAGCGUUUGAGUUUUCAUUUACCUGGUCAACAAACAGUGGUUUUUGGAGACGAUGACGCAAUAGAGGAUCUUAUUAAUCGGCCUACUGUUGCACAGAGCAUGUUUCUUGAAUGGUUUGAAUGCAAUAAGAAAUACCCAGAUGCAAGGUGUUUAACCUAUGCUGAAAUGCCAAACAAAUUUGUGUGGAAAAAAGAUGUAAGACAAUGGCAUCCACGCAAAAAAGGUUUUGCAAUUGGGAGAGUUUUCUAUGUACCUCCAGGCACCGGGGAAAUAUAUUACCUGAGGUGUUUACUAAACACCAUCCGUGGGGCUACAUGCUUUGAAGAUUUGAGAAAUGUUCACGGUCAACAAUAUGAAUCUUAUAAGGAAGCAUGUUAUGCGCUCGGUUUGUUAGACGAUGACCAAGAAUAUGUUGAUGCUGUUAAUGAAGCAAGCCAAUGGGCAUCUGCCCAUGCUCUAAGAAAAUUGUUUGUAACGCUUCUUACCUCUAACUCAAUUUCAAAGCCCGAGACGGUAUGGGAGGCGGUAUGGCAUCACUUGGCUGACGAUGCCCAGUACAACAUACGAAAGGUUACAAACAAUCCAGGGCUAAUUGUGAAUGAAGCAGACAAAAAGAAUUAUGCGCUGACCGAGAUAGAAGAAUUGUUAUCCAUUUGGGGUAGAAGAUUGCAAGACUUCCCUAAAAUGCCAAUACCCAACAACAGUGAUACUCAUAUGACAUCUAAUAGGCUAAUAUAUGAAGAGUUGUCCUAUGAUUGCAAUGCUCAAAGAGUUGAGAAUGAAGAAUUAGUUCGGCAACUAACGGAUGAACAACGAAACAUCUACAACACUAUUCUUGGUGAUGUUGAGGCAAAGGCUGGAGGAUUAUUUUUUGUAUAUGGUUAUGGUGGGACAGGAAAGACAUUUCUCUGGAAAGCGCUGUCUUCGAGUUUAAGGUCAAGAGGAGAAAUAGUUUUAAACGUUGCUUCAAGUGGUAUAGCAUCGUUAUUGCUUCCAGGCGGACGUACAGCACACUCAAGAUUUGUCAUUCCAAUCAACAUAAAUGAGGACUCCACAUGCAACAUUAAACAAGGUAGUCAAUUGGCAGGAUUAAUCGUGCGGUGUAGUUUGAUCAUUUGGGACGAAGUGCCAAUGAUGCACAAACAUUGCUUUGAAGCAUUGGACAAGACCAUGAGAGAUUUGUUAAGAUAUUAG